UCCCAUGACGCCAUUCCAGAUUUUUCAAAUGUUUAAUUUUAGAUGGGUGUGAUAUCGUUUAACUACACUCUACUUAUACCCUUUAGAUAGGAGUACAUGGAAGGAUCUUUUCAUCAGACGCCGUUACCUGGCUUUAUUGCUAUCAAAGGAAUAAAUUCCAAGGUUCAAGCUAGCAGAGCAAUUGUGGAUUACCAUAGCUUGCUUGCCCCCGCCGGAAGAUAUAAGGUCACAGCUACUGUGCCUGGGUAUAAAUCAAAGACGACAUGUAUCUGGUUGGAAGAAGCAGGCACGACAAAUGGGGAUUUUGUUCUUGAUCCUGAAGUCAAUCCCAGAGGAAUUCAACUUCAAAGUGCCUGUGAUUGCAGCUGGGAAAGUAUGAGCAUCAUUAGCACAUAAGCAACAUCAAGGUCCAGAGCAACUGAUUUCUAUGGAUGAAAACUGUAUUGUUUGGACGUAUUUUCCAUUUUCUAUUGUAGUGCAUGUAUGUAUAUUUUGAAAUUUUGUGGACUUUUUGCAUCUUUCCUUUCAAUUUGUAUUUUAUUGUCCAGUUGAAGCUCUUUGCUUGAGC